AUGCCGUACCCAUAUUACCCCUCGCCUCACCCAGCUUUAGGACAGCUAAGAGAGGACGAGAAAGGUUGCAGGGCAGUGGCCAGUGGGCGCACAGACACUCCAGAGCUAGCUCCUUUUCUGGUCACAAUGGCGGUCUCGGUAUUCAGAAUGACUCUUCUGAUGGGGUUUUUCAUGGGUUUUGUGAUGGUGGGUCUGGUUACCUCGGCCAAAUUUGACGAGCUGUUCCAGCCAAGCUGGGCGUUCGAUCACCUCAUCUAUGAGGGAGAGCAGCUGAAGCUCAAGCUAGAUAACGCUUCUGGAUCUGGGUUUCAGUCCAAGAGCAAGUAUCUGUUUGGGAAGGUGAAUAUACAGAUUAAGCUUGUGGAGGGAGACUCUGCUGGGACUGUUACUGCCUUCUAUAUGUCAUCAGAGGGUCCUAAUCACAAUGAGUUCGAUUUCGAGUUUCUGGGCAACACCACAGGGGAACCCUACCUCAUCCAGACUAAUGUCUAUGUCAAUGGGGUUGGCAACAGGGAGCAAAGGUUGAACCUUUGGUUUGAUCCCACCAAGGAUUUCCACAACUACUCCAUCUUUUGGAACCCGCGCCAGGUUAUAUUUCUAGUAGAUGACACUGUGGUGAGGCAGCACUCAAACUUGGAGCACAAGGGAAUCCCUUUCCCCAAAGACCAGCCGAUGGGAGUCUACAGUUCAAUCUGGAACGCUGACGAUUGGGCGACCCAAGGCGGUAGGAUCAAAACCGAUUGGAGCCAUGCCCCAUUCAUUGCCUCCUACCAAGGGUUCCAGAUUGAUGCCUGCGAGAGCCCAGCUUCGUCAGUCUCAGCAGCUGAUUUGACCAAGAAGUGCACCAGCAGUGCCGAGAACAAGUACUGGUGGGAUGAACCGGCAUUGUCUGAGCUUAACCUUCACCAGAGCCAUCAGCUUCUUUGGGUCAAGGCCAACCACAUGGUCUAUGACUACUGCAGUGAUAAUUCUAGGUUCCCUGUGACACCUGAGGAGUGCCAGCACCACCAUCAUUAGUAGUAGUAGUAGUAACUGAAUGAAAUGAAAUGAAGCUUGGUCAUGCCACUGUAAAAAAGAACUGGGGGAAGACGCUUGUGGCGUAGAGGGGAAGGGUGAAAAUGGGAUCUAUUGUCACAUAUUAAGGAAGGGUGAAACAUGUGCUCCAUGUUUUGAUAUUCUGUUGGCUUCAUUUUGGGCUUUGGGCUUUUGAUCAGUUCAUGUAAGAUAUGUUAUCUUAGGGUCUUAUUAUUAAUAUGAACUUCAGUUGUGUUCCUCUUC